CAAACAUUUCUUCUUGUUUCAAUGGCAUAUGGGGAGUUCAUUAUUGUGGUUUUGAUUGUGUGCUUGUGGAGUAUUACUACUACUGGGGUUGGAGCUGAACCACAAGUACCUUGCUUCUUUAGUUUCGGGGAUUCUUUGGUGGAUAACGGCAACAAUAACCGCAUUUCCUCUAUAGCCAGAGCUGAUUAUCGGCCUUACGGGAUUGACUUUCCUACUGGUCCAACUGGAAGGUUUUCCAAUGGAAAAACUGCAGUUGAUGUCAUUGGUGAGCUUUUGGGGUUCGACGGUUAUAUACCUCCCUAUGCAACAGCUAGAGGUCAAGACAUACUUAUGGGAGUGAAUUAUGCUUCUGCAGCUGCUGGAAUAAGAGAGGAAACUGGACAGCAACUGGGAGCACGUAUUACUUUCAGAGGGCAAGUGCAAAAUUACCAAAGGACAGUGUCCCAGUUGAUAAAUUUACUAGGAGAUGAGAACACUACUGCAAAUUACCUGAGCAAGUGUAUUUAUUCAAUUGGAAUGGGUAGUAAUGAUUAUCUCAACAACUAUUUCAAGCCUCUAUUCUAUUCCAGCAGCAGGAAUUACACACCUAAACAGUAUGCAAAUGUCCUCAUACAAGCAUAUGCUCAACAACUCAAGGUUCUGUAUAACUAUGGAGCGAGGAAAAUGGUGUUAUUUGGGAUUGGUCCUAUUGGUUGCAGCCCUAAUGCAUUGGCCCAGAGUGGUGGAGAUGGAAGAACAUGUGUGGCAAGAAUCAAUUCAGCAAAUCAAUUAUUCAAUAACGGUUUGAAAUCUCUUGUUGAUCAACUCAACAACCAGCUGCCUGAUGCAAAUUUCAUCUAUAUAAACGCUUAUGAUAUCUUCCAAGAUAUCAUAAGCAACGCAUCAUCUUAUGGUUUCAGAGUUACAGAUGCUGGGUGCUGUGGUACCGGAAGGAACAACGGGCAAAUCACAUGCCUGCCCCUACAAGCCCCAUGCAUGAACAGGGAUGAAUUCCUGUUUUGGGAUGCAUUUCAUCCAACUGAGGCUGGCAACAGUGUUAUUGGUGGGAGAGCUUACAGUGCCCAAUAUGAAUCAGAUGCUUACCCUUUUGAUAUCAGAAGCUUGGCUCAAAUGUAAGAGGCUCUAGCUAGUAUAGGCAAUAAACUCUGCCACAAUAAUUAUCUGUGGUUGUAAGUAAUAAUACUAGGUGAGAAAAAUGCUUAUCUGGGUCUGCAACCUAUUGGAAACAUUAAUGUUGUGACUGCUAUUGUGAUAAUUGGAAGUAUGAGAAUAAUCGGAGAUGAAUUACAUUUGUGGAAGUCACAACGAAAUGAUAUAUAGUGUCC